UAUCUAGAGACAAGGAAAGAACAACGGACACGUUUGCCUUGUUUUAUCUUGUACUUAGCGGGCCCAUUUCUCGGAGUCGCAGGUGUCAUCUAUAGCCAUGGUAAAAUAUUGGCUGACCCUCUAAUCGGACCUAUCCCAUUAAUGUUGCUUCGAUAUGAUAGGGAACAAAUGAUGAAAAUUGCGCGAGUGUUCACUGCGCUCAAAUCAGCCUACAACACGCUUCACGCAUAUUACGAUUCGCCUGAAACAGGUCCACAAUCACUGUGGCCCUAUUAUCAAGCAUUCAAUUAUCAACACAAGCAGGUGGAGUUCGAGUAUAGAGAACAACUAUAUAAAGAUAAGUUACUGUUUGUGGUGGAAACCAAACAAAAUUCAGACAUUCCUGGCCUGCCUCGGAGAUUACUUGUUAAGUUUACAGAGUCCUAUGGGGAAGCAGUGCACCAAUUUUGUGCCGAUCGUGGAUUUGCCCCUAAACUAUUCGAGUGUUACAAACUGUCUAUGCGAUGGAAAGUGGUAAUAAUGGAAUACUUGGAGGACUAUGUCAACUUGUAUGAUGCAGUUGAUGCAAAAGUUGAGUGGAAAGAGAAGAUUAUAAAAUCCAUUGAGGAAAUGCACCGUGCUGGAUUU